AUGUGUCCCAUCAAGAACGUUGCAGCCAUUGGCGCCUCGGGCACACUUGGUGCCGUCGCUCUCAAGAAGCUUCUUGAAGGGGACAGAUUCCAUAUCACUGUCAUCAGACGUACUGAUUCUACCUCCACCUUCCCCGACAAUGUCAAGGUUAUCGACGUCGACUACUCGUCCCCAGAAUCACUCAAGUCAGCCUUUAAAGGCCAAGAUGCGAUAAUCUCACUUGUCCCUACCUUUGCGGUAGAUACUCAGAAGGCUUUCAUUGAUGCCGCCAUCGAGGCAGGGGUCUCUCGCUUUAUUCCCUCCGAAUUCAGCGCCAACCUCGCCAACCCCAAGGCCCGCACCCUCCCAGUCUUUCUUCCUAAAGUCAAGCUCCAGGAAUACUUGGUGGAAAAGGCUGAAGCGUCAGAUCUGACAUAUACCUUCAUUUAUGGUGGCGCCUGGUUAGAUGCAGGCUCGCACCGAAGCUUCCUUAUCAGCAGCACCGGCGACACAACCAAUAUCUACGAUGGUGGUGAUAUCCCGUUUAGCGUAUCAACGCUUGAUACCGUCGCCGAUGCUAUUAUUUCCACUCUGGAACAUGUGGAGGAGACUAAGAAUUGUUGUGUUCAUGUCCACAGUAUCGUGACGACUCAGAACCGUCUGCUUGCGCUGGCCAAGGAAGUGGCCCCGGAGAAGUCCUGGGAUACGGUUCACUACAAACUCGAUGACCUGACUGCUAAGUCUGACGAGAGGCUGGCGAAUGGCAUCACCGACUUUGAUACCUUCCUGUCGUAUAUUUUGCGCGCUAUCUUUGAUCCUGCCUUUGGCGCUUGUUAUGCGAAGACUGAUAAUGAGCUCUUGGGGGUCCAGAAGGCUUCGGAGGAGGACAUCAGGGAGGCUAUACGGGCCUUACUGAAGAAAUGA